AUGGCUCCUGGUUUAUUAGGUCCUCCAGAGCUCCACUCCUCUACUAUCUCCACCACCGCAUCACCACCGUCCAUUCAUCCCUCUGAUCAACUCAAACCACCAUCAUCAUUAUCAUCAUCAUCAUCAUCAUCAUCAUCAUAUUUCUCUACUGGAAACCCAUGUCUAGAUUUCUUCCACGUAACCCAACAAACCACCUCAUCAGAACUCAUCCAACGGUUACAAUUCUCUUGGCAACACUCUCCUUUAACAACCCUUAAACUCAUAUGUAAUUUAAGGGCUGUUAGAGGCACUGGCAAGAAUGAUAAAGAAGGGUUUUACACUUCUGCUUUGUGGCUUCACAAAAACCACCCUAAAACCCUAGCAUGCAACGUGGGGUACAUUGCUCGUUUCGGAUCCCUCAAGGAUCUUCUCGAGAUUCUUUUUAGGAUCCUCGAGGGAUCUGACGUAAGAUAUAGAAUGAAAAGGGAAUGGGAAACCAUGAAACCUGCCUUCUUCGCGCAACGUUGCACGAAGAAGGUUGCAGGUGUAGAUGAUCUUAAAAAGGCUAAGGUUAUUAAACUUGAGAAAAAGGCUAAUAAAGCUAAGAAAGCUAUAGAUAGGUAUAAUCAUGAUCCUGAGUAUAAGUUUUUGUAUGAUUGUGUUUGUGAUGUUUUUGCUCAUCUUUUAAAGAAAGAUAUGGAAUUAUUAAGAGUGAAUGAUGUUGACAAUGUUAGUUUAGCUGCAAAGUGGUGUCCUUCAUUAGAUUCUUCUUAUGAUGAGUAUCUUUUGAUUUGUGAAAAGAUUGCAAGGAAAUUAUUUCCACGUGAUGAAUGUAAGGAGUAUGAUGGAGUAGAGGAAAAUCAUUAUGCUUAUAGAGUUCGUACUCGAUUGAGGAAGGAAGUUUUAGUCCCUCUUCGACGUGAACUCGAUUUGCCUGAGGUUUAUAUGUGUGCUAAAAGAUGGAGGGAUAUCCCUUAUGAUCGAGUCGCUUCUAAGGCUAUGUAUGUAGGGAAGAAGGUGUUUCUUAAGCGAGAUAGAGAUGGGUUUGAGGAGUAUCUUGAAGAUGUUGAGGAAGGAGAGUUAACAAUUUGUGCUGGUGCUUUACUUCCUAAUGAAAUUGUUUCAAGUCUUUAUGAUUCUGAUAAAGAACUUAAUCUUGUAUCCGAGCUUCAAUGGAAGCGAAUGCUGGAUGAUUUAGGUAAGAAUAAUGGAGAAUUAGUUAAUUGUAGUGCAAUGGCUAAUAAUAUAUCAGGUGAUGUUUGUGUUGGUUUUAUGAUUUUGGUUUCGGAGUUGUCGUGUGAGCCAUGGAAGGGGAAGGUAAUUACAUGGGGUGAAGAUCCUGAGUUGUAUCACAUUGAGGGUGAAAAACUUGUUGAAAAAGUGGAGUCAGUUCAACAUAUGAUGUGUGAUUCUAAGGUGGAUUUACAGAAAGUUUUUGAUCAAAUUCUGAAAUUUACUUUGGAGGAGAAUUUGACUGAAGAUCAGAUGUUAAGAAGGUUUUUUGUUUUUAUUGAUGAGGAGUUUGAUAAGGUUUGUGUUCAUCCCUGGGAGAUGGAGUAUGCUGAUAUACAGAGGAAGUUUCGAGAUCGAGGAAUUCAGAAGGUUCCGGAACUUGUGGUUUGGAAUUUGAAGGGCUCAUUAGGUGUUCCUGUAAAGUGUGAUCAACCUGGGAUGGCAGUUGUUAGCGGCCUUUCGAAGAAUUUGCUAACCUUGUUCUUGGAUGAUUGUGGUGUUUUGACUCCUGAGAGCGUGAUGAAUGCUGCUAUUUCUAGGCCUGAGUAUGAUCAGCUUGUAGUUCAUGAUUGA